UCCAUCCCCAUUCUCUACUGAUAAUGCAGUCAUGAUAAGAAUAAUUACCUUCUUUUAUCCAAACUCCUCAGCUUGUGCCCAUGUCCUCUAAUGGCGGAAUUGCUAUGCAACAUUAAUUUCUCCCGUCUCUCCGUCCCACUCCAUUUCUCUCCUCAUCCACAUUUCUGCUUCACUCGUUUCGCCCCUCUCAGGCGCAGAUUUUCUAAUUCCUCAAUCCUCGCCAAGCUCUCUUCCGAUUCCUCACAAUUUGACAUUAUAUCAGCAACUGAGAACUCUGAUGGUAGCAUCAUUUUCAAAUUUGGAGAUGCAAGUGAACUUUCUCAAUCAGUAGAGGAUUUUGAUGUUCAAAAUGAAGAGAUAUUGGAGAGUGAAAGUAACAGAAUUUUGGCUCUUCAAGAUAAUGCUGUUACUGAUGACGACGACGAGAGUGAUGGAACUAAGGCAGACAUUUUGGUCAUAAAUAGCUUUCAAGCUAAGGAAAUUGCGAAUGAACCUGUUGAUUCUCUUAUUAAAUCAGAGUUUGUCUCUCAGUCCUGUGAAGAUUCUGUCGAUGAUGAACAGAUUAGUAAUUCGAUGUCAAUUGCAAAUCAACCUGCUCCUAUUUAUAAAAUUGUUUCACUGUCUGAUGCUAAAUCUUCUUCAGACGCCGUUUCAGAUGAACAAAAUAGUGAUUUGACUUCAAUUGCGAAUGUAGAUACACUUGUUGAUUCUCAAAUUAAUCCACGGUUUGAUGUUCAAUCUUAUGAAGUUUAUGUUAGUGAAUUUGGAGAAGUGGAGAAUUCCAGCGAUUUCGACACGGUACAGUUGGAAAAUCAGAUAAUAAAUAUGGUUGCAACAUGUGAUUCUAAUGUUGAGGUGGCGAUGAUUGAGAAGGCUGAGGAAAUGGCAAAAGUUUCCGAGGAUAUGAGUGUUGAUGAUAAGCUUGAAUACGACGGAGAUGAGUUGUCCGUUGUUUCGGAGGAAAUUAAUGGUGGUGGUAAACUUGAAUACGGAGUUGAUGAGACACCGGUCAUUGUUUCUGAGGAGAAGAUUGAUGGUGGUGAUGAGAUGUCAAUCAUUGCUUCUGAAGAGGCGAGUGUUGAUGGUGGUGAGAUGUUGGCCAUUGCUUCCGAGGAGGCAAGUGAUGAUGGUGAUAAGAUGUUAGCCAUUGGUUCUAAGGAAGCGAGUGAUGAUGGUGAUGAAGCCAUUGCUUCUGAGGAGGCGAGUCAUGAUGGUGAUAAGAUGUCAGCCAUUGCUUCUGAAGAGGCAAAUGGUGAUGCGAUGUCGGCCAUUGCUUCCGAGGACACGACUGCUUAUGGUAAGCUUGAAUAUGGCGGUAAAGAGUCAAACACAGUUGCUUUUGAGAAGAGUAAUGACGGUGGUAAGGUUGAAUAUGGUGGUGAUGAUCUGCUAACAUAUUCUUCCGAGGAGAUGAGUGAUGGUUGUGAUGAGUCUUUGGUUAAUGCUUCUGUAGAAAUGAAAGAUGCUGAUAAGGUUGAGUAUGGUGGUCAUGCAGUGUCAUUUAUUGCUUCUAAGGAGAUCAAUGAUAAUGUAGAGGUUGAAUGUGUUGAUCAAGAGACAUUGACCAUCGCUUCUGAGGAUACCAUUGACAAGGUUGAAUACGGUGAUGAUACGGUGUCUUUCGUUGCUUCUGAGGAGAUCAAUGAUGGUGUAAAGGUUGAAUGUGUUAACGAUGAGACACUAGCCAUUGCUUCUGAGGGUAAUAUUGAUAAGGUUGGAUAUGUUGGUGAUGAGACCUUGGCCAUAAAUUCUGAGGAUACCAUUGAUAAGGUUGAAUAUGUUGGUGAUGAGACAUUGGCCAUUGCUUCUGAGGAUACCAUUGUUAAAAUUGAAUAUGUUGGUGAUGAGAUAUUGGCCAUUGCUUCAGAGGAUACCAAUGAUAAGGUUGAUUAUGUUGGUGAUUCGGCGUCGUUCAUUGUUUCUGAGGAGAUCAAUGAUGGUGCAAAGGUUGAAUAUGGUGGUGAUGAGACAUUGGUUAUUGCUUCGGGGGACCGCAUAGAUGAUGAUAAGGUUGAAUAUAGCGGUGAAGAGACAUUGGCCAUUUCUUCCGAGGAGAUGAUGGAUGGAGGUAAGCUUGAAUGCAGCAACAUUGAUACAUUGUCCAUUGUUCCCGAGGAAAUGGUUGAUGAUGGAAAACUUGAUAGUGGUGAUAUUGACUCAUUAGCUAUUGCUUUCAAUGAGACGAAUGAUGUCCGUAAGGUAAUAAGUGUAAGCGAAGAGUUAUCGAAUAUCAGUGAGACGAGUAUGGUGGUACAAUCAGAGGAUGAGAUUGCGGAGUCUGAGGCGGAUGCUCUUGCUGCUGAUGAAGAAGUGGAAUUGAUUUCUCCACCGUUAGAAGCAGAACCAAUUCUUGAUGAGGAAAGGGAUUUUGAAUAUCUUGCUGGUGUCAUAACAGUUGCAUCAACUUUGGGCUUUGACAAGGUUCAUCACAUGGCAACACCGUCCAUUUCACAAUCUGAUGAAUUUAGUGAUAUUUUAUUAGCAGCUGGUCCUAUUACAUCAGAUAUAAAUUCAGUCAAUUUCGACAGUCCGAACGAAGUGGAAUCCUCUGCUCCUACAUUUUUUAUUUCAUCGGCUGCUGCGUCAUUGUCACAUUCUCUUGAGGCUUUGACAGGUGGAAAGGAUGCCUAUUUUGUUUCUGAGGAAUGGUUUGGUGUGGCAGAUGGCGUUGGUCAAUGGUCACUGGAAGGGAUAGAUGUGGGAUUGUAUGCUCAUGAACUCAUGCAGAACUGUCAAAAAUUGCUGAAGAGCAAUGCUGGAAUAACUGACGUUAAAGAUCUUUUCCAACAAAGUGAUGCUAUGACACAAUCAACUGGUUCAGCCAGGGUUAUAAUUGUUCAUGUUGCUAAUCAGGGUCUCCAUGUGGCAAAUAUUGGAGACACGGGAUUCAUGAUAAUCAGGAAUGGGGCUCUCUUCAAAAAAUCUUCUCCAAUGCUUCACGAAUUCGGUUUCCCUUAUGCAAUUGGCUUGGGCGAUGAUUCAGUGGAAGAUGUUGAGGAAUACCAUAUUGAACUAGAAGAUGGUGAUGUGAUUGUGACAGCAACGGAUGGCCUUUUUGAUAAUCUGUAUGAACAAGAAAUUGUUUUCACAGUUUCCAAAGCUUUGGAAGCUGGAAUACAUGUACAGGAGCUAGCUGAACUCCUAGCUACUAAAGCACAAGAAGUGGGGAAGUCAGAAAAUACGAGAAGUCCUUUUGCAGAUGCAGCACAGGCAGCAGGACAUCCAGGAUACAGUGGCGGCAAAUUUGAUCAUGUGACUGUCAUUGUGUCUCUUGUGCAAACAAGAUAGACUUUCUUGGAGUGACUUCCAGGUUUCAUUACUAUUUGCUACUCCUACUCUACUUUUAAAGUACCCAAAAAAUUUAACUGUUGUAUGUAACUGUAUCGUGCGAGUAUUAGUUUCGUUUCUCUCCACUGCCUCUAUUAUGUAAAUGUUCAGUGAUCUGAUUAGGCGAUAACACAAUAUUUGUUUUCUCCCCUCUACAUAGUUUUAACUUUCAAGCAGAUGCAAUUUUCUGAGAUGACACUCACGAAAAUCAUUAUUAUUCCUUGUAUUUUUUUCGGAAAGUGUGGCAUACUACUUUUACAAUUCAGGGUCGCGAGUUAUGGGAAGGUUCUGAGUUAGCCAUGCCUGAACUACUGAGCUGCAGAGUAAUAAUUGAAGUUAGCUACUUGGCUGAGGAUGAAAUAAAGUAAACAUUGAGAAGAAGGAAGAAGCUGAAGUUAAUUUAUAGAAAACUAGAAGCUAGAGUAGUUGGUGAAACUCUAAAUUGAAUAAAAGUUUGUUAGAUGAUGUGGCGAGUUGAGGAUAAAUAAUGAUGUGGCUUAGUUUAUUAGCAUAAUGGCUGAGUUGUUUUAAUUAAUGAUGAUGACGUUUGUAAGUAAUGAAUUGACCUGUAUAAAUAGCAUUGGAUACAUUUCUGCAAUUCAUCAUUUAAGAAAUAAGCAAAUUUCCACUUUCUCUCA